UCUAGUCGGACAGAAAAGGGACGGACACCAAACAGCCACGUAGUGAAAGGCGAAGCUCGCAAAGAGUACUCUGGACACUGGCAUGAUCCAAACUGACCUGCCUCCAAUGAAGAUGGCUUUGUGAGAAGUGCUUUUUUCCAUUGUGACUGUUCAGGCUUUUAAUGGAGAUGGAUAUUAAUGAAGCAGAAGCAAUUCAAACGGAGGCUAAUGCCCAUCAAGAAGAUAGUGCUAUAAAAUCCAAAGAUGCUGACGCCCAUGCUGGUGAAGGGGAAACACUGUUGAAACCACAAGGGCCGGAGAAUGCACAAAACUCAAAUGGGAAUAUACCAAAUGGUCCCGUCAGUUCAGAUGUGAUGCCAAAUGGAGACGGACCGGCAGAGAGCUUUGGUGCCGAGGGGAAAACUCAUAUCAAUGGGUCCCUGUCUCCAACAGCCCCUCCUCAGAGCACCAGCUCCCCUGUCAACUCCCAGACCCAAGAGCCCUCCCCAGGUGUGGCUUCUUAUCCACCCAUGAUGCUAGAGAGAUCUGAGGGGGCUAGUGCUGAGGUCACGGUUCACACGGGUGAUUCAUUGCAGUCACUCAGACUCAGUAUACCUAUGCAGGAGACUGAAUUGUCCAACCAGAAGCCAUCACUGGAGAUGGAGAAUGAGGAGAAGAUUCGCCUGGAGGCUCGUCGGCGUCUGGAGGAGCAACUCAAGCAGUACAGAGUGCAGAGACAUAAGGAGAGGUCUCACCGCAGCACCCCUAAAAACAGGCCAUUCAGCACCCUGGAUCCAGAGCUCAUGCUUCAUCCUGAAGCUCUGCCCAGAGCCAGCACUGUUGCCAUGACCAAGGAGUAUUCCUUCCUGAGGACAAGCGUCCCACGCGGUCCCAAACUUGGAAGCUUGGGAAUUCCCCCUCCAAAGGAGAGAAAGUCCAGAUCACCUCGCCCAAGUAAGAUCCACUCGUUGGCUGAUUACAAGUCUCCUGAGAGUGAUGGUGGAAGUGGAGGGGGUGGUGGCGGGGUACGAACUGCAGACACCACGAUGAGCUCCCUCCAGUCUACCAUGAGCUCAGUCUCCACUCUAUCUGAGGUCAGUGUGAUGUCUGAAAGCAGCACCUAUGAGACUGAGGCACAGCUGGGGGUUUCGCUUCAGGUCGGAGACAACGUGUCAGAAAUUGACGGCAGUGAAUCAGGAACAAGACCGGGGAACGAUGGCAAUGACAGUGACAGCUCGUCUUACAGCAGCGUGUCUACCAGAGGGACAUAUGGCAUGCUCUCUGCUGCAGUGGAAAGACAAAGAGGACCCUACACAGUGGAGGGGAGGGAGAUUGCUCCUGAUGCCAUGGGUCAGUUCCCCUCCCUGCAGGAGGUGCUGCAGGCAGCCAGUGAGGAACAGCAGCUGCUGGAGCUGGAGCAGGAGAGGGAGGGGACAGCGGAGCCUCGGAGUCGCAGGGAUAGCUUCUCUAGCAGUGUUUCUCUGGAGAGUUCAGUGAUGGGCCAUGAUGAGAUGCUGCAGGUGUUGAAAGAGAAGAUGAGACUGGAGGGUCAGCUCGAAUCUUUGUCAUCUGAGGCCAACCAGGCUCUCAAGGAGAAGACAGAGCUCCAGGCUCAGCUGGCUGCAGUGAACGCUCAGCUGCAGGCUAAGAAGGAGGAGGCUCAGGUCAGCCAGGAGAAGCAGAGCGUCCUCAGUGCGGAGGUUGGCAACCUACGGCAGAACUGCAGCCAACUAGAAAAGGCCAUGGUAGAACUCCAGGGCAGCCUAGAGAGCAAGAAUGCCAGCCUAGCUUCAUUAAGCAAUGACCUAAAGGUGGCUGAAGACCAAUACAAUAGACUGAUGGGGAAGGUGGAGGAGAUGCAAAACACUGUAACAUCCAGAGACAAUACAGUUCAGGAGUUGCGUCUGCAGAUGGGAGGUCUACAGAAUCAGCUUCAGCAAGUCCAGCUAGAGCGCAGCACCCUGCAGAGCAGGUUGAAGACCUCUCAGGCUGAAAUUGAUUCAUUGCAGCAGGUCAGACAGUGGUACCAGCAGCAGCUAGCUCUGGCUCAGGAGGCAAGAGUAAGACUGCAAAGUGAAAUGGCCAACAUGCAGGCUGGGCAGAUGACUCAGAUCGGUGUCCUUGAACAUUUAAAACUGGAAAAUGUGACUCUUUCCCACCAGCUGACUGAGACACAGCACCGCUCCAUCAAAGACAAAGAGCGGAUUGCUGUGCAGCUGCAGAGCAUCGAGGCGGAUAUGCUGACUCAGGAAGCUGCUUACAAGCAGAUCCAGGAUGCCAAGACCAUGGUUGAAGAUGAUCUGCAGCACAAACUGGAGGAGUUUGAGGAGGAGCGAGAACGCUUAAUAAAACUGGCCAAUACUGCCAGCACCCUGGAAAGAGAACUAGAGCAGGUAAAGUUGACUCUUUCCCAGAAGGACUUGCAGCUGCAGUCACUUCAGAAAGAGCAUCUGGAGCUGAUGCGCCAGCUGACAACCACUCAGGAGAACCUGCAGACCAAAGAACAGUCCAUCAACCAGCUGGAGGCCCGGUACCUGGAGCUUGAAGCCCAGCUAGCAGAACUGCAGACAGAAGGCAGUGCCAAGGAUGACAACAUCCAGUUCCUCCAAAAUGAGAAGAUUGUCCUGGAAGUAGCGCUGCAGGCAGCCCGGGCUGACAAGAGCCAACUUGAUGAAGGAGCAGAACGGCUGGGAGAGGAUGUUCUGGUGGCUUCAGAUGUGUUGGAUCAGCUCAGACAGGAAGUCCAGGUCAAAACCAGCCAGAUUGAAACCCUUCAACAGGAGAAUACUUCUCUGAAGAAACAAGCUCAGAAACUGAAGGAGCAGUUCCAACAACAAAAGGUUAUGGUGGAAGCAUACCGGAGGGACGCCAGCUCCAAAGAUCAGUUGAUCAAUGAGCUAAAGUCCACCAAAAAGCGUCUGCUGGCUGAGGUGAAGGACUUGAAGCAGGAGCUGCUGGGCGUUGAGGGAGAGAAGCAGAAGGCAGAGUUGGAACAGGCCCGGUUGCAAAAGGAGGUGGUGAGAGUCCAGGAACAGAUGAGCAACAUGGAGUCCCAUCUGCAAGCAAUCCAGAAAGAAAGGGAUCAUCUAGAAACUCAGAUCCAGUCUCUACAGUUUGAUCAGAGCCAGCUAGCAGCAGUAACGGAGGAGAAUGAAAGCCUGAGGAAACAGGUGGAGCAGAUGGAAGGGGAAGCCAAAAAAGCCAUCUCUGAGCAGAAGGUGCGCAUGAAGCGGCUGGGGACAGAUCUGACCACUGCUCAGAAGGAAAUGAAGGCCAAACACAAAGCCUAUGAAAACGCCGUGGGCAUUCUGAGCAGGAGGCUCCAAGAGGCCCUGACUGACAAGGAGACAGCAGAGGCAGAGCUCGUCAAACUCAAGGCCCAGGUGUCUGAUGGGGGAAACAGCCAGGCCUUACAGGAGAAGAUUAAUGUUCUUCAGGCUGAGCUACAGGUUGUAACCAAGAGCAAGACCAUGCUGGAGAAAGAGCUGCAGGAAGUGAUCACCCUCACCUCCACAGAGCUGGAAGAGUAUCAGGAGAAGGUCCUGGAGCUCGAGGAUGAGCUUCAAGAGUCCCGGUGCUUCAAGAAGAGGAUUAGAAAAUUAGAAGAUGCCAACAAGAAGCUAGCACUUGAGCUGGAACAUGAAAAGGGGAAAUUAGCAGGGCUGGCACAGUCCCACAAUACACUGAAGGAGCAUUCCAACAUUUUGGAGACAGCUUUGGCUAAGAGAGAAGCAGAUCUUGUCCAGCUCAACUUACAGGUUCAAGCCGUUCUAAAACGGAAAGAGGAGGAGGACCAGCAAAUGAAGCAGGUGGUACAAACGCUGCAGCUAGCAUUGGAAAAAGAGAAAGCCAAAGUCAAGGACCUCAAAGAACAGGUGGCAGCAGCAAAGGCUGAAGCAGCUCACAACAGGCGACACUACAGAGCAGCCAUGCUGGAGCUGACAGAGAUCAAAAAGGACCUGCAGGCCAAAGAGGACCUGGUCAAAGCUCUGCAGAGAGAAUCCAGCAAACUACAAGCUCAGGAUGAGCAGCAUGCUCAGGAGGUUUCAAGGUUCCAAGAGGAGCUGGCUGAUGCCCAUUCACAGCUCCAGAUACUCCAGAAACAGCUAGAUGAGGAACUGGCCAAACAGCCACUCACUAACCAAGAGGUGGAAGAUCUGAAGUGGGAGGUGGAGCAGAAGCAGAGAGAGAUCGAGGCUCAGAAGCAGCAGGUGGAGAUGAUGGAACAGUGUCAGCACAGGGAGCUCGACAACCUGCACAGAGCUCUGCAGAAUAUAAAGGUGGAGCUGGAGUCGGUGCAGGAGGAGCUGAGCAGCACCAGGAAGGACAAGUUUAUGCUGCAGGCCAAAGUUGGUGAGCUGAGAAACAGCAUGAAGACGGUUCUGCUGCAAAACCAGCAGCUCAAACAAGACCUGAAACAAAACCGUAUAAGGAAGCAGCAGCGAAUGGAGCUGAAGAGUGAGGGGAACCCAUCCAACCCAGUGACACCAGUUAAGAUCCCAGACUGCCCAGUGCCUGCCUCCCUGUUGGAUGAGUUGCUGAAACCAUCGACGUCAGUCAACAAGGAGCCCCUCAACAACCUGCAUAACUGUCUACGGCAGCUCAAGGAAGAGAUGGACAGCCUCCAAAGGCAGAUGGAGGAGCACACAGUAACAGUACAUGAGUCAAUGAGCUCAUGGACAAACACAGAGGAGGGACUGGCUCAACUGGGAAUCGAAAACAACAUCUCCAAAUCACCAACGCCACUGAAUAACAUGGUGGUGGAAAAUAACAAUGAAGCCGAACAACAGCAAUCAUAACAAGAACUUUUCUCAGGCCAAUUGAGGGAGAGUGGAGUUUUAUCCACAAAGGCACUUUUAAGCCCCUUAUUCCCUUUCUCUUUUCUUAACAAUUGCUGCCAACAUUUGGCAUUCUCCCAUCAGCACAGAAGUGCUUUGCAGAGUAAUACUUUAUAUACCAUAGCUUUAUUCUUUCCUCCUCGUUUGAUGGUUGUUUUAUACAUUUGUUAUGCUAUUUUCACAUUUAUUUAUUUAGACUUGAGGGAUUAAAACUUAUCUGACAGCUUCCCCCAGAGAAUCUCCCCCAGAUACAGUUUUGUCAUCUUAGACACAAAUACUGUGUAGUGAUUCAGCUUGUCUACUGGGCCAGUUUUCCCUGUUGAGUCAGCGGUUUUCCUUACAUAAGGUAUUCAGUCAUCAUCAUCCCCCCCAGUAUAAAAUCAGCUGCUUUGAUGCUGCUCGACUGACAUUAUUUUUAAAGAAAAUGUGUUUUUGGUGAUGGAAACAAAUGACAAGUCUUUAAAAACUGGCUCUUAACUGUUCUUCCAUAUUGUUGUGCCUGUGAACGAGUGAAGUCCAUGAUUUAACUUGACGUUAAUGGUUUCUUAGAAGUCAAUGAUGAGGCAUCACUCAUUUUCAUGAAGUUAAAAGUCAUGCAUAGUUGUUGUUGUUUAUUUAUAUGGCCUCUUGUUAAAUGCAGUGUUUCUUAGAUUCAUGGUAACCAUAUCGCCCAAGGUUCCUAAACUCUAAAAUCAAUAAUCUCAGUUAUGUAUGGAGGUAUUCUGUUUAGCAUGGACUGCAGUCAUUUGAAGCAAAAAAAAAAAAGAAAAAAAGCCUUAAGCGUUCUUGAGUACUUUACUGUACGUUGGUUUGAAUGGGUAUAUUUCUGCUUGGGGUGUGUGCAAGAUGUAAAAUUUAAUAUUGUAAAUGUGUGCAAAUCCUUACUGAAGAAUGGUUUAUUGUAAAAUACGUUAGUCACAUCAACUAACAUUGCACAAUACAUGAUAAAGACUUUACUGACAGAGAGAGAAAGAGAGUUGUGAGAUGAAGCAGAAAUAUUUCUUCUUCUAACAGCAGGUGCAAUCCAGUGUUUUCAUUUCUGUUACAUUUGGUACAUAACUGUAUUUACAAAAAAAAAAGACUACCCCUGAAUCAUAUGUUCUACUUGUUUUAUGGCUGUUUCAUGGUUAAGGGGAAAAAUUAAUUGUUUUCAGAGUUUAAUAUAUGAAUACACUUCCUUUUUGUAUGAUUGUAAAUUAAUCAUAAUUGUUAAAUAGUGUAACAAAGAAUAUCAGCUCAAAAACCAUAAAUCAAAGCAGACAGUAGAGGGGUCAUUGGAUGGUACAUUGGCUUUCUGCAGUUAAAGUGUAGGUGCUCAUCAUUCCCACACAAAAACUUUUUAACACCACUGUAAGCUUAUAAUUUUCCAAAGGGAUGAGUUAUAUUUUAAGGAAAUUGCUUAUUGUGGAAAAUAACCAAGAAUAUAUUACAAUACUGUGUAUAAUGUAUCUUCCAAACAACCUUCCUCUGUAAUGUUUGGUAUUAUGUCACAACAUUGCUGGGGCACCUGCGCUCUAUGCACCUUGCUGUAUCUGCUUUUUAUUUUACAAGACUGGGAUUAAUUCAUUCCUAUGUUAUAACAUUUGUUUUGGGAGAUGUGAUUGUAUUCAUCAUAAAAUUGCACUAUUCA